AUGACAGUACCUCCGAAUCAAGAUGAUGUUAACAAGAAUGAGAGGACUAAUUACUUCAAUUCACCUGCAAUGGAUGUCUCACUUGCUUUUCCGCAAGCAACACCAGCAUCUACCUUUCCUCCCUGCACUUCAGACUAUUAUCAGUUUGAUGAUCUAUUGACGCCUGAGGAGCAGGCUGUCAGAUUGAGAGUAAGACAGUGUUUAGAGAAAGACGUUGCUCCUAUUAUGGCAGAGUAUUGGGAGAAGGCAGAGUUUCCAUUUCAUGUUAUUCCAAAGUUUGGUGCAUUGCGUAUUGCUGGUGGCACGAUCAAGGUACUUGAUACAUAUCUUAAUGGGUUAUGGGUGUCCCGGUCUUUCUAUUACAGCAAUGCUUUUGCUACAGCUGAAAUUGCUAGAGUUGAUGCAAGCUGUUCUACUUUCUUCCUAGUUCAUUCCUCACUUGCAAUGCUAACUAUUGCAUUAUGUGGAUCGGAGGCUCAAAAGCAGGAAUAUUUACCUUCCUUGGCUGAAUUAAAAACUGUAGCCUGCUGGGCUUUGACUGAGCCUGACUAUGGAAGUGAUGCAAGUGCCUUGAGAACAACAGCAACAAAGGUGGAAGGUGGUUGGAUACUUGAGGGCCAAAAGCGCUGGAUAGGGAAUAGUACCUUUGCUGAUGUAUUGGUUAUUUUUGCUAGGAAUACAACAACAAAUCAGAUUAAUGGAUAUAUAGUAAAGAAGAAUGUCCCUGGACUGACUGCUACAAAAAUAGAAAAUAAAAUUGGUUUGCGAAUUGUUCAAAAUGGAGAUAUUCUCUUAAAGAAAGUCUUUGUCCCUGAUGAGGACAGGUUACCUGGUGUUAAUUCUUUUCAGGAUACUAGCAAGGUUCUUGCUGUUUCACGUGUCAUGGUCGCCUGGCAACCUAUUGGUUUAUCUAUGGGAGUCUACGAUAUGUGUCACAGGUAUCUGAAGGAGAGGAAACAAUUUGGAGCCCCCCUUGCAGCUUUCCAAAUCAACCAAGAGAAACUUGUUCGUAUGCUGGGUAAUGUUCAAGCUAUGGUACUUAUAGGUUGGCGCCUCUGUAAGUUGUAUGAGAAGGGUAAAAUGACUCCAGGUCACGCUAGCUUGGGGAAGGCAUGGAUUACUCUGAGGGCAAGGGAAACGGUUGCUCUAGGGAGGGAAUUACUAGGUGGCAAUGGAAUUUUAGCUGAUUUUCUUGUUGCAAAGGCUUUCGGUGAUUUGGAACCCAUCUACACUUUCGAAGGCACUUAUGACAUCAACGCCCUGGUGACUGGUAGGGAAAUCACCGGCAUUGCCAGCUUCAAGCCAGCUGCAUCAAGCCAACGAAGCCGCCUGUAG